AGAGAGAGAGAGAGAGAACCAACCAGAUCCAGAGGAGGGUAGUAACUAGUAACCAGGGAGCGGAAGAGAGAGAGAGAGAGAGUGAUUAGAGAAUUUAUAAGCUCCUUGUGUCAGUUAAAUUGAAAUUGCUCCACCACCUCCAUUACCAAAUUCCUUUCAAAUUACUGUUAGAAAAGAUGGUUCAAGUCUGUGGAGUCAAUUGGAAAAUGAUCCAACCGAAGCUGUCUCUCAGAUGUUUAAUGGUUUGGCCCCGCUUCUGUCGGCCAAGUUCUUGAUGAAAAGCCUCACUCAUUUUCUUUAUUCCUUCACUCUUCUUAUAUAUAAGUUGCCUCCAUUAUCUUUAUCUUCUAAGGAUUAGUUAUGGCUGGAAUGCUUCCUGGUGUGGAAUGUGCCCGAAGGAGACGAAUCCAUCAAGGAGGAGGGUGGAUUGAAUCACAGAGCAAAGUGGGUAAUGGUCGAACAAGGCGCUCAGCUUUCUGUCUCUACGCAAGCAACGGCCAUGAAUCUCAUCUAAGUUCAUCAAGUUCAUCAUCCUCUCUGCAAAGAAACACAACAAACCAGAGCUUCCAAGAUGAGAAAUUGGGAGGAGUGGCUAGAGAAGCCAAGGAAAGACUAGAUGAGAGGUUGAGAGCACAAAAGAAACCAGAAAUCAAAAGGCAGAGCAGGAAAGAGAUGAUUGGAAUAUGUGAGAAUGGUGGGAAGAGUUCAGGUACUGUUGUCCUUGGAGAUUUUCCAACAGAGGUGUUUGGAUCGAAGAAGACGACUACUUCGUAUAAUUCCAAAAGAUUCAUCAGCUGGGCAAAGUUGGGGUGGAGGGUAUCAGAUCACGACGAGUGUGCAGUGUGCUUGGAAAGGUUCAAGGAUGGGGAGACCCUUCUGCACUUGCUUUGUGCUCAUAGGUUCCAUUCCAGGUGUUUGGCUCCGUGGCUGGAAAACAGCUCUCACUGCCCUUGUUGUCGAUUGAGAAUCCUAAUUUAGUGCUUGUAACCUUUUUUUAUGAAUGGAUGGAUGGGAAUUCAAUAUUGUA